AUGGUCUCCAUACUGGCUAUUAGGACAUUUAACCCGCUAGGGCAUUUUGUAUCUACCCAAUGUGUGCGAGCGUACGCGAUCAACAGUGUUAGAGCUGGUUCAAAGAGUAGUUCUGUUAGGGCUGGUUCAAAGAAUGAUACUACUAGAGCCAGUUCAAAGAAGAAUAAAGCUGGUAAAUCGAAGUUACAACUAUCUGCUAGAUUUAAACAAAAUGCUAAUAAAUCGCAAAAAGCAGAUAAAUUUAAGUCUCAGAAGCAGUUCAAGUAUGGUCUAUAUGGUGGUCUGAAAGAGAAUGAAAACAAGUUUUUAGAGACUAACGCAAAUUUAGUUGAGAAGAUUACAGAAUUUGAAGAACUAAAACUACUUCCAGAAGUUCGUAAACAUGUAAUUAAUCUCAUCAAAAAGGAUUCAUUGAAUACUACCGAGGAAAUCCAUCCUUCGCCUAUUCAAACAAUCGCAAUAAAAAGAUUAUCAAAGAACUUAAUGGAACCCAAACUUCAAGUUCAUGCAAUAGCUGCUGAAACAGGAUCUGGUAAAACGAUGGCUUAUUGUGCACCUUUAUUGGACUAUUUGAAGAGACAGGAAAUCGAAACACCAGAGAAAUGGGAAUCCAUAAAAGACAAAGCGAUAAUAAGAUCUGUUAUACUAGUCCCAACUUUAGAGCUUGUUGAUCAGAUAUAUACUACAUUGACAUGUAUUCCAGAUACUCUAGGCAUUCAUGUGCAUAAGUGGACUACUGGAGUCGAUUACCAACAGCUUCUGGAGAACUUAAAAUCAAGAACAGACAUUUUGAUUACAACUCCUUCAAAACUUUUGAGCUUACAAAGAGUUCGAAUGAUAAGUAGAGCGGAUUUAAUAUUGAAAAGGAUAGAAUUUGUGGUUUUAGAUGAAGCAGAUACGUUAUUGGAUAAAUCCUGGCUUGAAGAUACUCAUAAGGCCCUAAAAGCAAUGUCAGAUGUCAAUCAUUUAGUUCUCUGUUCUGCUACUAUACCGAAUGAGUUUGAUAGAACUAUGACUAAGAUGUUUCCAAAUGCUAUUCCAUUAACUACACCUAGAUUGCAUAAACUUCCAAAAGGCAUUAAUUUUAGGAUUAUUAAUGCGGCAGUUAGCCCCUACAAGGGCUCUAAGAUUAAAGCAUUAGCUCAGACCUUGUAUGCCAUUGCAUAUGACGGUACAGACCCAGGCUUUGAGAAGCGUUGUAUUGUAUUUAUUAAUGAAAAGAAGAACGUUGAUAAUGUAGUGCAGAAAUUAAGAAAUGAAUAUGGGCAUGAUGUGGUUGGUUUAACUGGUGAUAUGGAAGGUAGGACUAGAUUGGAACUAAUAAGGCCAUUUAUCUCUCCACCAGAGAAAUUAACUGAACAAGAAAAACAAAUUGAUAAAGAUCUUAAUGACCAAGAGACUGUAAACAUCAGUGGUUCAAACAUAUCGAUCGGUAACAUCGAAAAUAGUAACAAGGCAUCUAACUUCAUCCCAAAACUUCGAGUGCUAGUUACUACUGAUCUUCUAGCAAGAGGUCUAAAUUUCAAAGGUGUGAGAAAUGUUAUACUAUAUGACGUGCCAAUUACAGCCAUUGAUCUGGUCCAUAGAGCAGGGAGAACUGCUAGAAUGAGGCAAUCUGGAAGAGUUUUCAUGAUAAUUGAUAAAAAGACACAAUCCUGGGCUAAAGCAGUACCAACUAUCUUAAAAAAGAACAAAGCCCUUACUUAA